AUGAGCAGACAGACGAGCUCUGAGCACGCUGAAGUGGAUGCUGAAGCGGAUCCUGCAGUGCAGAAGCGUGCUGCCUCGCCUGCUGCAGACGCUGUCCGCCGCCCAAAGCGAGGCAAGUAUACGGCUGUUGCGUGUGACGAGUGCAAGAGGCGCAAGUUGAAGUGUUUGCCUGGUGAGAACGAAGAUGCGUGCCGGCGGUGCACAUCAUCAGGCCUGCCCUGCGUGUAUCCGACACAUAGAGAGGCCGCAAACGCCGCCAAGGGCAAGUCAGAAAAUAGUGCGGAGCUAUGGGCGUUGGAUAAAGAGGUGAAGCAACUUCGUCUCGAAAUGGCCCAGUUGGCUGCUACAGUGACUGAGCUGAAGACGCGAGUGAAUGGAGAGGAUACCCGUUCAAUUGCGGCCUCGGUGAGGUCUGGUAGCAAUGCUGCCACUGGCCAAACAUCCCCACGAGAUCCUCGCCUCAGGAUCACUGUCCCGAAGCAACCUCAAUUUGUUGGCCCAACAAGGUCAGCAUACAGUAUAGAGAUUGGUGAGAGAUCUUUGACAAGGAUGGGGAUUCCGCCCUAUGAGAUGCCGCCCCCAAGUGGCCCUGGAUCUCCAAUCGAACCAUCCAGAGGGCCGCUCACACUAGACUAUGAAUUCUGGCAACGGUGUGACACUUCUGAGGUAUCACGAUUAUUGGGGGUGUUUCAAGAAGAGGUCGAAUCGGUUUAUCCCUGCAUUGAUAGUGGUUAUCUGGCGGCGAACGCAUCAAAGAUCCUGGAGUACGGCCGCAAUAGCGAAACUGCGCUCCAAAGUGAUAUGGCGCCAGAGCCCAGGCAAAUGGACUUUUCGUACAAGGACUUCCAACUUGCAAAGGUGGCGCUCGCUAUUGCGAUCGUCAUUGAAGCGCAUGGGAAAAGAGAGAAUAGCACUCAAAUGGUAGAGUCUGUUGAACGCAGUGUUUCGAGGAUAUCAAAACCAGCAGGCGACGUCAAGGACUUGCAAAUCCUGACGGUCUUGAGCAUCUAUUACUUUCACUCUGACGAGGACUUGCUUGCCUGGCGUACCAUAGGCUUGGCAGCACGGGAUGCACUUGAAAUGGGCCUUCAUAGAAAGGCAACCAUAUUGGAAUCUUUCCACGAUGAGGCUCAGAGGUCGAUGGCUGCCAGAGUUUUCUGGGUCAUUUAUGUUCUCGAUCGUCGCUGGAGCUUCGGCACGAGUCUUUCAUUCGCACUGGUAGAUCGGGACAUUGAUCCUGAACUUCCAGAACCAGGUCCGGAUUACCAAUACCUCAAAUGUAUGAUUGGUUAUGGGCGUCUUAGUUCCCAGCUUUGGGAGGCACUCAUGGCAUUCGGCUCCAUGGCCAAUUUCAUACCAGAGGAAACCACAGCCGUAUUGGAUCUCAAGACGCAAGAAUGGCUGGAAUCUAUACCCCCCGACCUCCAACUAAGGCACCCACGCCUCGGGCUUGCAGCUCGUGCCCAGCCACGUGUGCUUCACCGCUUACGCGCUCUUCUAUAUCUUCGCGGUAAUCACACGAGGAUACUCAUCUAUCGCCACCACCUACUCAGCCCGGCAAAAAUCAAAGCUGAUCCUCACAGCGCAUACCUUGUUGUCGAGAUAGCCAAAGAUAGUAUAAAAGUACUGGUGCAUCUGAAUGCAACUUCAGACAUCUACAGCCGGCAGCAGACCGCAUUUAACUACUUCCUAGUAACAGCCUUGGCGGUUAUUUUCCUUGCUGUCUGCCACGAUCCCAAGGUCUUUGCAGAAGUAUGCAGGAACAGUUUCCACGCGGCAGUCAAAUUAGUUCGAGACUUCUCUCGUCGAAGCCAGGCUAGCCGCAGGCUCUGGAACAGUAUCCGAGGCUUAUUACCCCGGUUAAAGAGAUUGGGAAUGAAAGGGGCUGAGGACGGCCGUGACGUUGAGCAGAACAACGGCCAAAAUGAGUUGGCUGCUCGCGAGGAUAGCGCAGGUAGUCUGAACCAGCAAAGCGAUUCCAAGGAGCAAAGGUACGGAGAGGAGCCGGGCAUGAUUGUUCCGGUUGGCAUGGAAAUGUUGGCUGGUGGUUUAGACUCUGGCACUGAAUUUGCUGGGGCGGGCACAACGCCCAACAUGUUCCAGAUGAGCAAUGACCUCAUGGCAUUGUUUGAUGUUUUCGAGCAGGGACAGCAGUUCCCAUCGGAUUUCGGGCAUGAUUAUUAUAACGGUGGCGACGGGAGCGAAAUCACGCGACGAUUUCAAGGUCUUAUGUAG